AGCCGAGCCUGCGACGCCCGUUUCCCACCUAAUUUAUCACAUACUAAAAAAGCCGUGCCCUAGUCUUGCCUUGAUACUAUGGCUUCUCUAGACAGCGAUAUAACUAUGGUUCCGGCUGGCGAGGGAUCCUUCGGUGCCGGUCCUUCCUCCGGUAAUCCUACUCCGUCGACAUCAACCAAGAAAGCCAAGCGAUUCGAGAUCAAGAAAUGGAACGCCGUCGCGCUCUGGGCUUGGGAUAUUGUGGUGGAUAACUGUGCAAUUUGCAGGAACCAUAUUAUGGAUCUCUGUAUCGAGUGCCAGGCUAAUCAAGCUAGUGCUACAAGCGAGGAGUGCACUGUAGCUUGGGGCGUUUGCAAUCAUGCAUUUCACUUCCAUUGCAUUAGUCGAUGGCUGAAGACUCGUCAAGUUUGCCCUUUGGACAACAGCGAGUGGGAGUUUCAGAAGUAUGGUCAUUAGAAACUUUUCGGAUGGAUGUCAGAGCUAUCUUCAGAAGUCUGGUUGGGAUGAACGUCCGAGCUAUCUUUUUUAGUCAACAUCUGGACAGAUUCAUAGCAUUCUAAAUGCUUAUGGUACUCUAGUUAUUGUUGAUGCGAUUACUUGAAAUCUCUGUUACAGAAUGAAUCCUAUAUCCUGACCAAUAAUUCUGAUGCUUAAUUGCAGCAUAUGUUAGUGCUUGUGUUGCUAUUCGUUCUGUUAAUGUUUUCAAUUAAAGCAGAAUUUGUGACAAUUGCAGUUCUUGCGGUGGUUUGAAUUAUGUUACUUUGCUCUAAAUUGAUAAAUGGCUUGAAAGAUUUUGUGGAAAAACCAGUUCCUUAA